UGUAGAAGAAGCAAGGGAGGAAUAUGAGUGCCGCUGAAGGGGACGGUGAGGAGGGACGAGCGGCGAGGAGGACGGCUUUGGAGCAGGGGAAACGUCAACAUCAUCGCCCACAAACAUAUCGCAAAGAGGGGGAAAGCCAGCGCAUUUUUGCCGGACGGCUGAAACGUGUUGCAGGCGCUGACGUAGUGUGUAAAGAGGAGGUUCCCCCUGAGCAGCUUCAGCAGACCCCCAGACUGGAGCCAGAGCCCCAAAACAUUAAGGAGGAACAGGAGGAACUCUGGACCAGUCAGCAGGGAGAGCAGCCUCAGGAUAUCACCAAGCUGCCGUUCAUUGCUGUCCCUGUGAAGAGUGAGGAUGAUGAAGAGGGAGCUCAGUGGGGCAGAGACGCCCGCUGCUCCACUGGACAGAUGGAACCAGAAGAUGGUGGAGAGGAACGAGCCAGGAACGCAGAACUCUCCUCUGAGGCUGAGACUGAUGACAGUGAUGACUGGGACGAGACCAGAGAAGCUCAGUCCGGUUCAAACCCACCGAGUGACGUCCCUCUCAGUCCUGACAGUCCUGAUGUGGGAGAGAAACCAGCUUCCUGCUCCAAGACCAAGACCACAGGAAAGAGUACAUUCCCCUGCUCACUCUGUGGUAAAGGGUUUGCACAGAAAGCAGACCUCAAGAGACACAUGAGAAUCCACACAGGAGAGAAACCGUUCAACUGCUCCCUCUGUGGUACAGCGUUUGCACAGAAAAGAACCCUCAAGAUACACAUGAGUAUCCACACUGGAGAGAAACCGUUCCCCUGCUCACUCUGUGGUACAGCGUUUACCCAGAAAGGAACCCUCAAGAUACACAUGAGAAUCCACACUGGAGAGAAACCGUUCCCCUGCUCAGUCUGUGGUACAGCGUUUACACAGAAAAGAAGCCUCAAGCUACACAUGAGAAUCCACACCGGAGAGAAGCCGUUCAACUGUUCAGUCUGUGGUACAGCGUUUACCCAGAAAGGAACCCUCAAGGUACACAUGAGAAUCCACACUGGAGAGAAACCGUUCCCCUGCUCCCUCUGUGGUAAAGGGUUUACAAAGAAAGGAGACCUCAAGCAACACAUGAGAAUCCACACUGGAGAGAAACCAUUCGUCUGCUCCUUCUGUGGGAGAGGUUUCACACACAAAGGAAACCUCAACAAACACAUGAGAAUCCACGUUGGGGAGAAACCAUUUGUCUGCUCCGUCUGUGAUAAAGGGUUUGCUGAUAAAGGAAACCUCAACCAACACAUGAGAACCCACGCUGGAGAGAACCUGUAGAAACGCAAUCCUGUGUGUGUGUGUGUGUGGGAGAAGCUUCAUUGAGCAUCAGACAAAUGUAAGCAAACACAAGUGUGUCAGUGGAGCAGCAGCAGGAGAUGCGUCAGAGUCAGUGCUUAUGUUAGAGAUGCAGCACAUCCCAACACAUUUUGUUACAUAUCUUGUGUUAACCCUUAUACCAUGUUUUAAAUACCAUCCACUCACCCUGUAAGGACUCAUUGGGUCCUUGUGAUGGUUGAAGUCAUAACUUUUUAAUGGUUUUAUCUUUUAAGAUUUUUUUGUUGGUGUUGUUAUUUAACUUCUCUGCCACCAUGACUGUUAUAAUUAUAAACAUAAAAUUAGUUAAUUAACCCUUUACAGGCCGGUUUCUCUGAUGUACCACUCAUUUUAAACAAA